AUGACCUGCCAGCAAUUAGAAUCACGGAAACGAAAUUGCGGUUCAGCUUUUCCAAAAAACAAAGAAAUCGAAUCUGAUUAUGAACCACAUAAGAGGCAGUGCACCGAACCAAUUGCGGAUGCUGUAAACAAUCCGUUUUUUGAAUCAGAGAAUAAUUUGGACAAAGAGGAGGUAUACAAAUCACAACGGGAUAAUAAUGAUGUAUCAUAUGACGAAGAAUCCCCAAAUUUGUAUGAUGUAGAUUUCUAUUCUACUUCAGAUGACGAAUUACCUGAGGAAGUAAAGCAUUUGGACGUAAAUGAUGCAUUAAUUCGGGAUAUCUUUCUUGAAGUUCUACAUCAAUUCCAAUCCAAUGAUCUUGAAUCAGGAAAAACAAUAAUGAGUUCAAAUUUUUUAAAUGGAAUAAUCGAUAUAAUUGAUUCUAAAGUGAAGGAAAGUCUUCCUAAUAAAUUUAACGAUAUGGAACAAUUCACCUUGGACAUAAAAAUCCUCAUGGAUUUCCAGAAAGAUGUUUUAAAGAUAGUCAAGUCAGUGAACAAGCCUAUAAAUGAGAUUGUAUACAAAUUCGAAGUUGAAAUCAGUUCACAGAAGGAAAAAAAGGCUAAAAAUAAAAAGAAAGACGCUUGA